AUUUAUAUCUUUAUAGAUUCUCCAUCCAUUGCUCAUAUAUAGACUAUAAUUUACUUUUAUUCAGUUAUUAUUUACAUGAGAAUAUAUAUAAAUGACAAUGCAUUAUGCAUCAAUUUGACUAUCUGAGUAUAUGCCAAAACGAAAUUUAAAAUUAUCUUCCUUUCAAGACAUAAAUCCUCACCCGAUUUCCUCGAAUCCAUUAAACAGGGAAAAACUAUGCUACAUUGUUUAUGCAUUAUUUAUUUAUGUAUAGUUGAUAAAUUUGAGCAUUGAACUAUUCUCUCUCUUAAAAUACUUGUCUUUCCUAAAGCAAAGAAGCAAAGAAUCGUGUCCUCUUACACAUUCACAGGCUUUUUGCAUUUUUUUGCAAGGAUCAUUUCUUUUCUUGGCUUCGAAUUCAGCUCCCUCUUCUUCUUCUUUAUUUACUUUCUUUCUCACUUUUCUUUAUUUAAAUAUUUUGAUUUCUUUCAAAUCUGAUCAGAUAGAUGGUUUCUUCUUCUUUAUGUGCAACUGUGCAAGAGAACACAUGGUUUUAAAAGCUUCGAAUCUCUCCCUUUGCUUCAUCAAUUAUCUUUAAUCACCUCAUGACUCAAGAUUUCAAAUUCCCUAAAUCUUGUUUUUAAAUUUCUUUCUAUUUAUUCUAGACACAUCUAAUUGAAUCCUAAUCAAUCCACAGUGUCUCUACUCUGUUUUUUUUUUCGUCAACGUUGAAACAAAAACUUUAUCUCUUCUGUAUGAAAGAUUGAAACUUUAUCAAAAUGGCUUCAUCAUCAUCAUCAUCAUUAUUGCCACCAACUUCAUAUACAGAGCUAAAAGAUGCUUGGCAUCCAUCGACAACAACAGUGGACACAACAGAAUCAAGCUACUGGUUUAACUGGAGGGUUAUGAUAUGCUGCAUAUGGAUGGCUAUAGCGAUGGUGGUCACUGCUUUUCUUAUAUUCAAGUACGAAGGCUUUCGUCGGAAACGAAGCGGAGACGGUGGCGACGGAGGAGAGAAAGAGUGGUCGGGAAAUGUGUACGAAGAUGAGACUUGGAGGCCUUGUCUCCGCAAUAUUCACCCAGCUUGGCUUCUUGCUUUUCGAGUUGUUGCUUUCUUCGUUCUUCUCAUUAUGCUGAUCGUUAUUGGCCUUGUUGAUGGACCUACCAUCUUCUACUACUAUACACAGUGGACUUUUGCACUGAUCACUCUCUACUUCGGACUAGGCUCGCUUCUUUCGCUGCACGGAUGCUACCAAUACAACAAAAGAGCGGCUGGUGAUAGAGUAGAUAGCAUUGAAGCCAUAGCCAUAGACUCAGAGAGGAAAGGCUCUGAUAAUACUCUUCAACAGAGUCAAUACUCUAGUAAUCCAGCUGGUUUUUGGGGCUAUGUUUUCCAGAUAAUCUUUCAGAUGAAUGCAGGUGCAGUUUUGCUUACUGACUGUGUCUUCUGGUUCAUCAUUGUUCCUUUCCUUGAGAUCCAUGAUUAUAGCCUCAAUGUUCUGGUGAUCAACAUGCACUCUCUUAACGCUAUUUUUCUGCUUGGUGAUGCUGCCUUGAAUUCUUUGAGCUUUCCAUGCUUCAGAAUUGCUUACUUCUUCUUCUGGACAAUAGCUUAUGUCAUAUUCCAAUGGACCCUCCACUCCUUGAUCCAUAUAUGGUGGCCUUACCCAUUCCUGGACUUAGCAUCACACUAUGCUCCUCUAUGGUAUUUCUCAGUUGCAGUGAUGCAUUUGCCUUGCUAUGGAGCAUUUGCCUUGUUGGUGAAGCUAAAACAUAGGCUUCUUCAGAGAUGGUUUCCUGAGUCUUACCAAAGUCCUCGGUAGUAGCCUGCAACACAAGCAAUCAUGUUUGUUUGGAAGAUUUUUUAGUAGAAAGAUGGAUUUUUGAAAGAUAAAUUAAGAAAGGAAAAAAAAAAGAGUUGUGGAGCAAUCAAAACUCAUGCUUAUAAAUAUAAUU